CGCGCGAUAGUGGGUGUAGACUCCGACUCCGACUGUGGGUUAAAGUUGUAACUGUUUUGAGACACAGCCAGAGCUCGACUUCACAGCGCUGCGGUCAUGUACCUGUUCUUCCUGGGUCUCGUGGUGCUCUUCUACCUGUACCGCUGGGUUAGGGAGUUGGCACGGGUCCCUGACAAAGGCAGCAAGUAUGUGUACAUCACAGGCUGCGACUCGGGCUUUGGCAACCUCCUGGCUCGGCACCUGGACAAGAAGGGCUUCAGAGUGAUCGCUGGGUGCUUCACUGAGAAGGGAGAAGAGGAUCUGAAGAAGUCAUGCUCCAGCAGCUUGAUUGCAACACACUUGGAUGUCCGGUCAAAGGAGAGCAUUGAGAAAGUAGCAGCGAUGAUCAAGGAUAGAGUGGGGCAGCGGGGUCUGUGGGCUGUGGUGAACAAUGCCGGCGUGUCCGUUCCCAGUGGCCAAUGUGAUUGGCUGAACAUUGACGAGUACAAGAUGAUGCUGGACGUAAACCUGAAUGGGGUGAUCGCUGUGACCCUGAGUGUCAUUCCGCUUAUAAAGAAGGCGAGAGGAAGGGUGGUCAAUGUGGCCAGCGUGUUUGGAAGGAUCAGCGCUACGGGCGGCCCAUAUUGCAUCUCCAAGUACGGUGUGGAGGCUUUCAAUGACUCCCUGAGGUUGUGUUUGUCGCCGUUCGGUGUCAAAGUCCUUUGCAUUGAGCCUGGCUUCUUCAAAACAAACGUGACUGAUGUUGGUAUCUUGAAGAAAAAUACCAUAACGCUGUGGGACAAACUUCCACAGGACAUCAAAGACGACUAUGGACAGGACUAUUUGAAGUCCACCAUGGCUAUAAUAGAGGACAAAGUAGCAAAGAUUUCGGAUGCAGAUCUGAUGAAGGUGGUCGGAUGCAUGGAGCACGCUGUGUCCGCUGUCCGUCCCCGCACCCGCUACUCCCCAGGCUGGGAUGCCAAGUUCUUCUGGCUGCCGCUGUCCUACAUGCCAUCAUGUGUCACUGACUGGGUCCUCUCAAGUCAAGCGCCUACGCUCGCUGUUCAAAAGUAGUUGAUGACGAUUUGUUUGUGUUUUUCAUUAUAACCUCCAGCAUUAUUCCAUAUUCAGCAACGAUUGCUUGUAAAGGAAUUGCACAUUUACCUCUGUGAUAUAAACAAUGUAACCCAAA